AUGACCGCAUUUUCGUGCCUCCCCGCCUUCCCCCGCCACUCCGCCUAUACAUUCUCCGCCGUUCCCUCCUUUCUCCACCUCUCUUCCCCGUCCCCCCCUUUCCACCCGCUCAUUCCCUUGCUCCCUCCCGCCCCUCAAACCCUAAAAGUUAAACCUACUUUAUUCUGCUCCUUCCUUUCCCUUCCCCUUUUCUCGCUCGCCUCCCUCGCGCCUGAGCUCCGCAACCAUGAAGAACGCGUUCUCGGCUCCCCGAUUUUGCACUCAGCCGUCCUCAACAUUGCCAACCCCACCACGGGGUGCCAGAAGAAGGUCGAAAUCGAUGACGAUCUCAAGCUGCGUGCGUUCUUCGACAAGAGAAUCUCUCAGGAGGUCAGCGGCGACACCCUCGGCGAUGAGUUCAAGGGGUACGUGUUCAAGAUCAAGGGAGGGUGCGACAAGGAGGGUUUCCCCAUGAAGCAAGGUGUUCUCACACCCGGCCGCGUUCAAAUCCUCAUGCACAGGGGCGUGCCCUGCUUCCGCGGCCACGGCCGGCGCAACGGGGAGCGGCGCAGAAAGUCGGUGCGCGGGUGCAUCGUCAGCCAGGACCUCUCCGUGCUGAACCUGGUCAUCGUCAAGCAGGGCGACAACCACCUCCCCGGCCUUACUGACACUGAGAAGCCGCGUAUGCGCGGGCCCAAGAGGGCGUCCAAGAUCCGAAAGCUGUUCGCUCUGAGCAAGGAGGACGAUGUGACCAAGUAUGUCAACACGUACCGCCGCAAGUACACCACCGCCAAGGGCAAGAAGAAGAGCAAGGGCCCCAACAUUCAGCGGCUGGUGACCCCCCUGAAGCUGCAGCGCAAGCGCGCGCGCCUCUCAGAGAAGAAGCAGCGCGUGGCCAAGGCCAAGUCCGCCGCCGCCGACUACCAGAAGCUGCUGGCGCUGCGCAUCAAGGAGCAGAGGGAGAGGCGGUCGGAGUCCCUGGCAAAGAAGAGGCAGUCCCGGGCGUCGCAGGCCAAGCCGGCUACCGCCCCUGCCGCUAAGGAGUAG